AUGUCUCAAAUAAACUACCAAUUGGCCUUAGACCAACAACGCAAAUACGAACAAGAGCGUCGAGACAAAGAAAUCGCGAAAGCCCUACAAGAAACCUUCCAAAGGGAGCACGAAGUUCAACAGGAACGGUUAUCAAACGAUUCAUCGAUUGCCCGUUUGCUGCAGGAACAAGAACGAGACCAAAUGGCAGCGUUGCCGAUGCACAACAGGCCUCAUCCGAAUGUGUACCCCAGCACAUCCGGAACCACAGCCACCUCAUGGCCCACGCACCCCUCCUUGGAGGUCACCGACCCCACCCCGGACAUCUACAGCCUCUUCACCGCCUUCAACGAGCGGUUCUUCUGGAACCAACUGGGUUCUGUCACGGUCGAGUGGAACACGCGGAUGACCUCGAGCGCUGGGAUGUGCAUCUACCAGGGCAGAGGCGGCAUGUGCACCAUCUACCUCAGCGAGCCCCUUCUGAAGCUCCGGCCGAGGAAGGACCUGGUGGAGACUCUGCUGCACGAAAUGAUACACGCUUUCCUGUUUGUCACCCAAAAUAAUAGGGAUUGGGACGGGCACGGGGAAGAGUUUCAAAGGCAUAUGUACAGGAUUAAUAUGGAAGCCGGUACAAAUAUUACCAUUUACCACAACUUUUAUGAUGAAGUGAUGUACUACAGGAGGAUGUAUCCGGGUUAUAGCGAUCAACAGAUUUACCAGCACAUCAAAGAGAAAUGUCCGAAAUGGGUGAAUUGGUUUGACAGAAUGGUACAGAGGAUUAUUAGAGGACCGAAACCGUAUAGCGUAGUGUGGGUCGCACAACCGUGGUCUUGA